CUGCCUGUCUUCUUCAAAUUCUUCAAAAAUACCAGCUUUUCACUGGGCAACUAGUAAAUUUAGAAAAAUCAUCUGCUUUCUUCAGCAAGAACACACCUGCCACCACUCAACACUCCAUCUGCCAAGUCUUAAAUGGUAUCACUGUUCAUAGAUCAUCUAGAUACCUUGGAAUGCCCCUUGGGAUUGGGAAAUCCAAAAGAGAAUCUUUCAAUUUU